UUUUACAAGCAAAAGCUUUACAAGAAAAAACAGCAUGUCCCCCUCUAGAGCAGAAGCAGGAUAAAAAAGUAGUCGACAGCUGCUCCCUCCCUCCCUCUCCCUUCCCUCCUUCCCCCUCUAGCUGCUCCCUUCCGCCUCCAGCUGAUCUCCCCCACCCUCCCCAUCCCUCCAGCCCUUCCCCUUCCCCUCCCCCAUCCCUCCCAUCCUCUCCCUCCCCAUCCUCUUCUCUUCACUCCCUUCUCCUUCCCUUCUCUUCCCCCUCCCCGUACUUCCCUCUAUUCUCCCUCCAAAUUUGUAGAGGAAAUAUUCCCUCCCAAAAAAUCCUCCCAAAAAAAUCCCCUCUCCCUUUCUUUCCCUUUAUUUUUUAUCCCCAAUGGGACCUAAAAACACAGACAAAAUUGUGGCUUUUCCUUUCUUUUCUCUAUGUACUCUCCCAAAAAUAUAUAUCUCCCUGGUAGGGUGGUUAGCAGGCUUUGCACAGUCAUUUUCCUCACUAUUGCUUUUCCCCUCCUUAUUAUUUAUCCACUUUUUAAAAAUCGACUGGCCCUAAAUAUAUAUUUAGUACAUUAUAAAGUUGUUCCUAUUAAAUUGGAACCAUAAUUUAUUUUUAAUAUAAAUUGCCACCCUUCCAGUAAAAUUGAAGUUCUCCCCUUCCCUCCCCUCCCCUUCCAAAUUAUAAGGUGAAUGUUGUUUUAGACCUUCCUUAAAAAAAUUUUUCUUGGUAAAGGUAGCUGUUC